AUGGCCGGGGCCUUCAUGGGGCUUUCCGCAGGCUGGGCGGGGCUCAUCGACCGCUGGGGCGUCCCCGCGCUCCAGGCCUGGGUCGCGCGCUGCCCGGCGGUGGAGCUCCCGCCGUGCCCAGCGUGCCCGGGCUGCAGCUGCCCAGCCUGCCCGCCCUGCCCUGGUGCCUCAGUGGGCGCGACCACGGGCACUGUCGCACUCGCCUGCGGGACGGCCGCGCUGGCUGGCGCGUCGCUCGGGGCCCUCGGCACCUUCACGGCGCUCUGGCUCUGGGCGCCGCGCGGGGGUGCUGCGGAGGGCCGCGGCCGACCCGCGACGGCGUGGGCGUGGGUCCUCUACAACGUGGUCGGCGCGCUGCUGUUCCACCAGGGGAGGGUAGCAGGCCAGCUGGCGCUCACGAGUGACGUGAUCAUCAUGACCCCAGAUGACAUGGUCUAUGCCGAGACCUUGUUGACGGCGGGGCCCGACAUCUCGGCGGUGCGGUUCUCGGCUACGAGAUGGCCGCCGCCGCCGGGGAUCGAUCCUGGCGCGACGCACAGGUUCCGCCAGGCCCCUUCGGCGGCGCGCGAGGCGGCCUGGCUGGCGGCCGCCGUCGCGGAGGCCGACGCCGAGUUCGGCCGCCGCCAUCCAGGGGUGCCCGUGCCGCCUGGCGGCACCCUGGUGCCGAUGGCGGUCGGCCUGCUGCCGGGGUUCGUGGCGCCCGCGGCCGCGCCAGCUGCCAUCGUCGGGCCCGUGCCGCCUCCCGAUGGGGCUGCCGCCGCACCGCCCGCGGCCGGGGUUGCCGCUGCCGCGUUGGCCGCUGCCGGGCCGCCCGCGUCCGACGGACCGCUCGCCGCGGCGGUGCCAGGCCCGGCGGCCGGCGUGCCCAUCGCGCCGGGCGCCCCCCCGGCCGUCGGCGCGCCUCCAGGACCCUCCUGGAAGGACGACGGCGGCGCCCCCCUCGGGCCGAACGGCGAGGCGCCAGCGGGCUGGUCGUGGGUGUUCGCCGAGAAUGCAGGCGGCCUCGCCUACGGCUCGGUGGUGCAAGUCGGCCCGAGCGGUGUCGCGAUCUUGGCAGCGCGAGCGGGCCGACGAGCGAUCAUCACUCUCGUCGGAGGUGCUUCCGCCAUGGCGUUCAUCCUGGAGGACUGGCGGCGAGGUGAUUUCAUCGACAAGUGGCGGGGGGCCGACGCGAGGAUCUUGGCGCGCACGCCGGGCGUUCGCCCGGCACGGAGCUGGCUCGCAGUGACCGAGUCGGCGGUGAAGGUGGCAGACCCUAGCUUCACCUUGCCGCCGAGGUCCGCGGGCUGGUGCGUGGCGUGGCUGCUGCGGGAGGGCGGGCCCAUUCAGCGCCACGAGAGCUGGAGGUCCCGCAAGAGGCUCAACUCCUCGGACUGGGGCGUCUCGGAGCACCACGCGCUCUCCAUUGUGCUCGAGGACCUCGCCACGCACGACGAGGUGAACGUGGCGAACCUCCUCGGCGCGGAGCGUCUUCUGAGGAAGAUGCAGCUGAUCGAGCACUUCUGGGACGAGAAGCAACGGGGGCAGGAUGCGGGGCAGCUGAAGCUGCCGGUGGAGGAGGUCUCCGCUUUCAUGGGCGGCACGGGUCCGUCGAGUCGCCCAAGCAGCAUGGCGCGCCCCGCCCUGCUUGGCGUGGUCGGCAAGGAGCUCGAGCGCAUCAGUCAGAUCAAGAAGAACGCCCGCAAGCUGCGGGAGGAGGCGAAGGCCGCCGCUGGGCCGAAAGGUGUACAUGGCACUUUCGACGGCUCGGGCGUGGAGCGGCAGCGGGACCUCUUUCCGCUGCCGGUGCCUGGCGCCGCCGACCCUGGCGGGCUGGCUGCUGGCGGUGGCUCGCUGCCGCGGGCUGGCGCGACGCUCGCGCAGCAGCAGUGCCUGACGCGGGUCGCGGACUCCGUCUCCCAGCUGGGUCCCCCACCAGGCGACCUACAGCCUUUGGCAGCCCUGCAGGAGCUCCAGGCUGCUUUGUCCUACGACGGCUCGCUGUCGACCAGGGCGGAGGCGAUGGGCGCCUCCCAGCUCUCGCUACCUCAUCCAGGUGACCACCCCGUGGCGCUGGGGCGGCUGCUGGGGGCCGAGGUUUUCGACUCCGUCUAUCGUGUUAUCUCGUGCAAGGUCUUGCCAAAGACCGAAGUUUUGCAGCGGGAGCAGAGCGUUGGCUUCAAGAAGCCCUACUCGGACCCCUGCCUUCGAGACCCUCGCCGCUAUGCAGCGCUGGUGAGGCGUCUCCACGAGGCCGGGGUGGUCGACCUCGUCAGCGACGCCGCCUUGGUGGUCGACGAGGUUGGCCCGUUCAGCGCGGCCAAGAAGAGUGGGAAGCAGCGGCUGGUCGUGGGCGCCCGCCCCGCCAACUUCUGGUUCGGCGACCCUGGGGGCGCCCGCCUGGCCACCGGCGCGGCGCUGGCGGCGAUCGAGCUGCCGGACGGUGCCAACUUGUGGACCGCUUCGGCGGACAUCGUGGACGCCUUCUACAACAUGCAGUUGCCGGACGCUUGGAGGCCGUGCUUCGCGCUCCCUCCGCUGGACUCCUGGGGGCUUGGGCGGGAAGCCGCCCCUGGGCAGCCGCGCGCGCAGCGGCUCUGGCCGCGGCUCGCGGUGCUGCCCAUGGGCUGGCCCCACGCGCUGGCCGUCUGCCAGCGGGUGUCGGCGGCGGCCGCCGACCGCGCAGGGCUGCCACCUGGGCGCCGCGCCGGCGCGCACCUCGUGCACGUCGACAACUUCGCCUCCCUCGCCCUCGACGGUGACACCGCCGAUCGCCUGAAGGAUGACAUGGUUGCCGAGCUGCGCAGCGAGGGCCUCCCGGUCCAUGAGGAGGAGGCCGCCUCGCUCCACGCGCCGGUGCUGGGCUGGGUCAUCGAUGGCGCGCGGGGAGCAGUCGCGCCUUCGCCGCGGAGAGCCUGGAGGAUGAGCCUGGCUACGCGCGCGCUCCUCGCCGUGCCGAGGGUCUCGGCCCAGCAGGUGCGCCAGGUCGUGGGCCACUGCGCCUUCCCUCUCACGGUGAGGCGCCCGCUGCUGGCAGUUUUCUCGGCCGUGUACCGCUUCAUCCCAAAGGCCGGCGAGGCGCCUAGGCCUUGGUGGCCCAGCGUGCGCCGAGAGCUGACCCGCUGGCUCACGCCGACCUCCGGGCCCGCUGGCUGGGCCGAGUGGGCCGCUCUCGUGGUGGCAGGAGGCGUCACCGCGGCGCUGCGGUGGAUCCCGUCGGAGGCGAACCCGGCGGACCUGCCCUCCCGCCGGGCGCUGAGGGCGGACAGGCAGGUGCUGACGCCAGCGCCGCUCGUGGCGACGGUCCCGCGCCAGGCAGCAGUGGGGCGCCCCGGCCAGGCGACGGCCUCGCAGCGAGGCCAGCGCCGGGCGAGACGCAGCCACCUGUCAAAGGCGGCGGAGGCGGCCGCCAUGCGUGCGGGGAGGGCCGCGGCGCGAGCACCCGAGGCAGCCUCCCUUCGCUCCUCGGCGGGUCAUGUCCUGGGGGCCCUCUCGAUCUCGGCGACCACGAGGGCCAAGUGCACGCGCCUCUUGGCCGAGUUCGUGGCCUGGAUGACGACCGUGGCCGUGGCCCUCCGCGCCGAGGCGGCGGACGACCUGCUGGCGCACUGGAUGGGCCAGCAGUGCGCCGAGGGCUGGAACCCCGAGCGCGGGGCCUGCAUGCUGGCGGCGCUGAAGUUCAUGAUGCCGCAGUUCGGGCGCGGGGUCUACGACGAGGUGAUCCCCUUCGACCUGCUUUUCUACAGCUUCCUGCCCAGCGCUCUCCGCUGGCUCAGGGCGGCGACCCACCCGGGCGAGCCGCUGUUCCCGUUCCCCCUCGUGCGCGUCAGCUCCCUGUUCAAGGGGGCGGCGGAGGACAUGGGGCUGGCGUCGCUCACCCCGCAGCUGUGCCAGCUGCGGCACUCAGGCCCGUCGGUGGAGCUGGCACUGCAGUUGCAGACCUUGGCCAGCGUCAAGCUCCGCGGCCGCUGGCGGACCGACGCGUCGGUCGCGCGCUACCUCAAGCCAGGCCGCGUCAACGAGCAGCUGCAGAGGCUGGCGCCCGAGGUGCAGCGCGCGGCCCUGCUGGCCCCAGCACGGCGCUUCCUGGCGCCGCCGAUCUUCGUGGAGGUCUUCUCCGGCGAAGGCGUGCUUGCAGCAGCCUUGCGGAGCGAGGGCGCCCUGGCCAUCGAAUGGGACAUCGCCUGGGGCGCCGGCUGGGACCUCACUGACCCGAAGGUCUCCCGCGUGCUGCGGGGCUGGUUGGACGCCGGCCUGAUCUGGGGCAUGCAUUUCGGCGUGCCCUGUGAGACAUGGUCCAGAGUCCGAGACACCGGACCGCUGCGCGUGCCAGGCGGGUCUCCGUCCUGUGCCCGGCGUGCCCCCGCCCCGGAGUCGGCUCCGUGCUCUGGCGGCAGCUGGGGCUUCUUGUGGUUCGCGAUCGGCGUGAUCGUCGGGGCUGCUGGGCUGCUGGCGGUGCUCGGCGAGCUCCAGGCGGCCCGCUGCUGCCGGCGCCGCGCGCCGCUGGGCAUCGAGGGAGCGUGGGCCGACCCUCGGGUGUGGCACCAGAGGCUGGUGCUGGGGGUGGUGGCGUUCUCGAGUGGUAAGCCCCGCAUGAUCGCCACCCCUGAUCGACGCGUGUAUGCUGGAGACUACAGCCCAGACCCGGCGGACGUGGCGGCCCCGACGGUGGCGCAGGUGGCGGCCUUCACGGCAGCGGCGGUGGCCGAGGCAGCCACGGAGGCGGCGCCAGCGGCGGCCCAGGGGGUCGCAGCGCCCGCGGUGGCCGCCGAGUGCUUGCUGCCGGGCGUGGGCGCCGCGCCCGGGCCUGACGGGCGCCCGACGCGCUGGGUGGCCGCCGAGAGUUUCGGCGGGCACCGGCUCGGCGAUGAGGUGCAGUUCAUUGCCAGGGCGAGGGCCGUCGGCAACAAGGGCGUCCAUAUCCUCCCCGACGGCGUGGGCCUCUUCGUGACGUACCUGCGCCCCAGCGACGAGGAGGCAAUCUUCGACGAGAUAGUCGCCGCCGACGCGCGGACCCUGACAGCGCGGAGGAACAGGCUCGGGCGGGCCUUGGCCGACAUGUGCGUGGCGGUCACGAAGGAGGACUUUGGCAGGGGCUGGGGGCUGCCAGGGUGUCGCGCCGCGGCCUGGUGUCUGGGGCGCAUCAAUGCCGAGGGGCGGCCUGGGUGCCCAUCGCGCUCGGUUCAGCACCUCCACCUCGCGGGCGCCGUGAAGGCUACCCUUCUGGUCGACCAGCUCAACGGGGCCAACCUCGUGGCCGUGGAGAUGCUCCUGCGGCGGUUGCAGACGAUCGAGUUCGCCCGCGAGCAGCAGGCGUCUGCUGGCCUCAGCCGUGGCGCAGGACAGCUGGUGAUCUGCCCAGACCUGCUAGACGUGGCGCGGGCGGACGUGGAGCGGGAGGCGCAGCUCAGCGAGGCUCUCAGGAACGGCGGCGAGGAGCGCGAGGCCGCCCGCAAAAUGGGGGGCAAGGACUGA